AAGGUUCAGAUACACAUGUAAAAAUGUUAUCCCACUCUUCCCUUCUCCCAUAUAUUUCGCUUUUCGCAACUCCCUAGCAGCCUCCCCUUCCCUUCGGCUCCUCUACAGAACCCGCCCGAACCCGAACCCGAACCCAAACCCGAACCCAAACCCGAACCCGAACCCGAACCUCCGCGUCGGAACCUAAACCCUGAUGGGAACGGAGAGUUACACGUACAUGGGACGCAGUUUGAGCGAACUCAGCAUCAACGAUGAUUCCUCUUCUUCCGCUUUCAGCGACUGCAACAGUGACAGAUCUGGCGAAUUCGCCACCGCUUCUUCACAAACACGACGACUCCUCAUCGCUUGCGCUUCUGAAAAUUCCGACGAUUUCAUCCGUCAACUCGUCGCCGAUCUCCACUCCUCCUCCGUCGACGAUCAGAAACAAGCCGCUAUGGAAAUUCGAUUACUCGCCAAGAACAAGCCAGAAAAUCGCAUCAAAAUCGCCAAGGCCGGGGCAAUUAAACCCCUAAUCUCACUCAUUUCAUCGCAAGACCUUCAGCUUCAGGAAUAUGGCGUCACCGCGAUUUUGAAUCUCUCCUUAUGCGACGAGAACAAAGAGCUGAUAGCCUCUUCCGGCGCGAUUAAGCCUCUGGUUCGGGCGCUCAACACCGGAACUUCGACGGCGAAGGAAAACGCGGCGUGCUCGUUGCUCCGCCUCUCGCAGGUGGAGGAGAACAAGGCGGCGAUCGGCAGGUACGGCGCAAUUCCGUUGCUGGUGAACCUUCUAGAAAGCGGCGGCAUCCGCGGGAAGAAGGACGCGUCGACGGCUCUGUAUUCGUUGUGUACGGUGAAGGAGAACAAGAUGAGAGCGGUGAAGGCGGGGAUCAUGAAGGUGCUGGUGGAGUUAAUGGCGGAUUUCGACUCGAACAUGGUGGACAAGUCUGCGUACGUGGUGAGCGUGUUGGUGACUGUGCCGGAGGCGCGUGCGGCUCUGGUGGAUGAAGGAGGGGUUCCGGUGCUGGUGGAGAUCGUGGAGGUUGGAACGCAGAGACAAAAGGAAAUCGCGGUGGUUAUUCUGUUACAGAUAUGCGAGGAAAACGUGACGUAUCGCACUAUGGUGGCUCGCGAAGGUGCGAUUCCUCCUUUGGUCGCUUUGUCUCAAUCCGGCACCAAUCGCGCCAAGCAAAAGGCGGAGAAACUAAUUGAGCUUCUGCGGCAACCAAGAUCCGGCAACGGCGCUGGUCGGUCGUCAGAAGUGGUGGCAUGAACGAGAGCAAUUAUUUAUCAUUUGGUGCCCCACACCACCGUGCGCGUGAGUGUAACAACCCCACGUUUCAAACAGUGAAUUUGGUUAAAGACAACGUGCGUCCUCCAAGAGAGACACAGAGAGCUCAACUUUGUAAAUAUCUUCGUAACGGAGAAGCUUUGUAAAGUUUGUGGUACAAAUGAUAAGAGUUUGAGUUUGGUUUGCUUUUUGGGCUUUGCAAAAUAACGCACUCCUACUCAAUACCCCGGGUUUUCUUUUCGUUUCUUUUUAAUUUUAUCUUACUGAACUGUGAAUGUGGGGAGUGAUGAUAUUAUCUCUUUUGGGCCCUUCUGCUAUUGAUGAUAUUAUUGCCAUUAUAAAUGUGGUACGAGUUUACUUGGUUUUAAAAUUAGAAGAUUAGCAGGACAAGAAAACAUAGUUCUGAAAAAAGUAGUGCUUCUAGGCUUCUAGAGAAAAGGAACCGAGUCUUUUGUUUAUUUUCUUAUACUUGGAGUAGGUGAGAUGAGAGG